UUAGUCACUGCCACGGAAAAGAACUAAGAUGAAGGACUGUGGGAUCGACGCUCCGAAUGCCGGAGAUGGUUCAGGUGUCUGGAGGCUGCUAGGAAGUGAGGUCAAACUGCACUCCUGUGGGUGGCCUCUCUGAGAGAACUCAGUGGAGCAGCAGACACUCAACUGUCUCAUCUCGUCGGAUCUUAGUCUCUCCUUGGGCCUUAGAACAGAGAUCGGAGAGGGGCAUGUGACUAUCCUGGAACCGUGGACCCACAGAACCUGAAGAUCCCAGCAGCCUUGGAGCAUGGCAAGUCUGGAGCAUCCUGGGAGCCCUGGCUGGACAGGACCCAUACACCAGUGCACACCAAGAACCAGGCAAGAAGUAUUGCCCUCGGGCCCAGACCUCCCAUGUUCAGGACCAGAAGAACACUUAGAAACCCAGGACGGUCCUAGCUCCAACUCCAGCAUGACCACCAGGGAGCUACAGGAACACUGGCAGAAGGAGAAGAGCCGCUGGCGACAUGUCAAGCUGCUCUUUGAGAUCGCUUCAGCCCGCAUCGAGGAGAGGAGAGUCUCCAAGUUUGUGAUGUAUCAGGUCGUGGUCGUCCAGACCGGGAGCUUCGACAGCAACAUGGCGGUGGUGGAGCGGCGCUACUCGGACUUCGAGAGGCUGCAGAAGGCCCUCCUGAAGCGCUUCGGGCCGGAGCUGGAGGACGUGGCCUUCCCGCGGAAGCGCCUGACGGGGAACCUGUCGGCAGAGACCAUCUGCGAGCGCCGCCUCGACUUCGCGGUGGGCGAGCGCGCGCUGCAGCGUCUGCGGGCCCGCGAGAGCCACCGCUACUACGCGCCGCUGCUGGACGCCAUGGUGCGCUUGGCCUACGCGCUGGGCAAGGACUUCGCGUCGCUGCAGGGCAGGCUGGAUGACAGCCAGCUCCGGAGUCCCACGCAUAGGGGCUUCACCCUGAAGGAGCUCACGGUGCGAGAGUAUCUGUCCUGAACCGGCCUGGCUGGUGCCCAGGCAUCCAGACUACGGACAAGGACCUGGGUCACUGUCGCUGGCGGGCUGCUUGGGGCCAUCGCGGGCGGGUUUUGCUGGGCAUCUUUAAACAAGAACCUCUUUACUAUGUCUGCUAAGCAGAGGGGCUCCUGCGAUCCCCGGAAGAGCCUUCUUGUGCCCCUUGGGUUCUCUAAACCUUGAGCCCACAAGCUUAGCUGUCAAAACUUUGCAAGUACUGUGGGCCUUACCAUCUGGGAAUGGGAUGAACUGCCUUCCGCAGAGAAUGAGUUCAAGGCCAGCCUAGGCAAUUUGGUGAGACUCUCAAAAUACAGAAUUCUGAGGAUGUAGCUCAAUAGCCGAAUGCUUGCCGAACAUAUGAGAUGCCUUAGUUUCAAUCCCUAAUACUACAAUAAAAGAAAAAUAAGCACUUGUUUUUUGUAAGCAGCCAGGGAAGAAGUUUGCGGGUUCAUCGUGUGCAAACAUGUAAUGCACUUCCUCAGAGCUGCUCUGUCUUGCUGCCCCACACCUUCCCUCUGCUCCCAUCACCCCAGCAACAGUUGCAAGGCUUUCCGCCCACUAGUUCAAAGUCCUAGCUCCUCCCAUUAGUGUUGACCACUCAGUGAAGCAGAAGCCCAUCUACUGCUCCUCGGGAAACCUGUCCGCCAGCCCACCCCCAGAGUGAAGAUUGUAGGAUUCUUUGAAGGGUAAAAGGAUGUUGGAGAGUCAGGUGUGGUAGUGCAAGGAGGGAGGCUGAGGCAAGAGAAUCACAAGUUUAAGACUCACCUAGGCCUUAAAAAAAAAAUGAGUCUCAAAAGCAAAAGAGGAGGAAGGAAGGAAAGAAGGAAGAAAGGAAGAAAGAAAAGAGAAAAAAUAUUGGCCCAGAAAGCUACAUGAGCCCGAGGCACUGUGGCACUGGUGGUGUUUGUAAAUGAAGUUAAGGCAGCUGUGCCUUCAUCUGCUUUCUUGGGUUUUGUACACACAGAGGGAAGGAAAUGGGAUGAGAUAAGGGACGGGGUUUGGGGAGGCAAAGGAAUCCUUCACAGCUCCCCAUUUAAGGAGUCAGUGCCCAUGGAACCUCUCUGGUAGGUUGGAGUGUUCUUGAUGAAUCCUAGGAUGGGGAAAAGACAACCUCAGACCUCAUGGUGAAGGGUAAUCAGGACUAAUGAUCUGAGCUGAUGGAACAGUCUGGCUUGAAGACUUAACCCGCUGCUGCAUUCAGAGUGAAUGAGCCAAGAGACCAAGGCACCACACUGAUGUAGGAAGAGUUAGUUCUUCCAAGGUAGGCAUUCACAAAACUGCACCCAAAUCUUGUUCAACAUCAACGCCUUAUGGCAACUACCAUAAUGGGCCCAUAAAGGUCUUUAGAAUGAAGCAGAGAGAAAGUCUUCCUUCAGGCAGUUUUUCCAGGAAGACACAGCAAGUGGGAAAUAUUGGGCUUCUUGAAAAGCUGGUCUUAGGGGAAAUUAAUGUGCUCAGUGGCAAAAUAAAAGCUGUGUCUGUUUGUACUGGU